UCAACUUAUUAAUGACUCUACCCUGGUAGAUGAUUAGGCCGAGUCUCAGAUUCAUAGACUUGGGCGUUUCAUUGAAAGAGAUCCAGAUCGGAGUUCUAGGGUUUUAAAGGUGGGUUAACUGUCGAUGUGUGUGAUUUGAAGCGUCAAAAGGGAAAGUUCUCUCUAGAUUGAGAAUCUCAAUGUGCUGGACAGAUGUUUCUUUCACGUGAGUCUCUGCAUAAAGAAAUCUUCAGAACUCAUUUUCGUCACUAAGGAUAUCAUUUAUGCAAUGGCUGGGUCAGGGAGUUCAAUGCUAUAUUCAUUUCUUUUGUUUGUUGUCAUUCUGUCUCUUCAAGAAGUGUACCGAGGCAAGUUGGCAUCAACUGAGUUAUUUACCAUACUUGGAGGCUUCAUUAGUUCUCUUCUGUUCCUUGUGUCACUAACUUUCAUUGGAAAUUUCCAGGAAACAUGUGGAAUGAAGACUGGAUGGGGUGCCGUCUUGAUCGCUGAAGCAAUUGCUCUGAUUGCUGCUAGCACUGUCCAUAGAGUCUGCAUCACAACUUGUUUCUUGUUCUCAGCUGGACUACUUUACGAGGUCAACAAGCUUUCAGGGAUGAUCCUCACCAGAAGCGAAUCUAAAACAAGGAGGCACUGAAAGAGAUCAAAUAUCGUAGCUUAUUUAUUAGUACAAACAUCAGCUGAUUAGAAAUUCUAUCAUUUUAUCUCCUAUUCCAUAAUCAGUUUUUGGAUGUAGAUCUUUGUUGAACUGAAAAUUAUAGAAUACCUCUACUGAGUUAUAAUUUUUCUUUUUGGCUGUUAUAGGCCCCUCCUGAGCCUUCCUCACAUUCUUAGACUUGCAUAAAGCACUUAUAGGCCAUUUGAAUGCCACUAAAUUUUGGGGGAAAUAUUUUUCCUAUCA